AUGAGCCGUUUAGUGGUAUAUAUGCCAGAAGAUAUGAUUAACAGUAGUGCAUCAGAUAAUGUUAGGAACAAGCUAUUGUUUACAGGGGAGCUGGCCAUGGCUUGUUACGCUUGUGUGUACCUGCGCUACGUGAGGGAUGGCUCCUUAAUGCUGGCUGUCUUCGCACUCAUUUUAAUAUCUUUGAGCGACUUCAUCAAGAGUCUGAUGCUGGCAUAUCUCAAACGAAAUCAAUGGUCCGCUGGCAAUUCCGGACCUGCUAAUGAAGCUGAGGUCGAUGAUGAUAGCGAUGUCAGCGUGAUACUGGAUGAUGCAGCUAUAAAGGCGAUACUGUUAAGAGCGCUUAAAUAUUUCCAAAUAAUUAUCUUAACGCAAACGAUUUACUCUUUCUCAUACCAUUUUUGUUUGAAGCUGGAUGAGAAAUUCUGUCAGAACCGAUUUGGAUUUACUACACUGCUGUUGCUGGGAGAAUUAGAUUGUUCUGAACGGGGCAAAUGGUUUGUUUGGUUCCUUGAUGUUUUGAUCAUCUUAUUUGAACUGAUUAUAGUCACAAAUUCUUUGAGAUCUGAUUCCAGGAAUAAAUCUUUGAGCAUAACGCAGCUCCAAGUACAGAAGCACGGGAUUUUGAGUAUUCUAUUAUUGAAUUUAUGGUCCGAGGAUCUUGCUGUUGAUGGUGGACUCGAUCUUUGUAUCGUCCCUAGACCACAUGCGGGUAACCCAAACUACGGAAGCACGUCCGAUGGACAAACAAUAGAAGAAGAGGAUACUGUUUCUGGUGAUGAGAUGGGCGGUCUACUUCCCUGA